GUGAUAUAUAAUCGAAACUUUGUUUGAUUAUUUUUAAUCUCGUUAUUUUCCCUGAUUCGGAAUUCUAUCAUUUUAUUUUGACAGAGAUGUUACAGUGCCUCAACUGAUUAAUUGAGCUCAUCUGAUGCCAAUUUUCUCGGAACUGAUUCAACGUUCGUUUAGAAGUCAAUGGAUAUGGAAAUACAGGCCUUCUGAAAUAUCAAUAAUUAACAUUCGAUCUCUUACUACGUAAGUCACAGUAUGUGAUUGAAAAACGUUAUAUACUUAACAAUAUUUAACCACUUUGGAAGAAAAUAUCAUUUUCAUCAAAAAUUAGCGCGAGUAAAACUCUUUAUCAGAUAGUGAGAGAACAAAGAAAAAGGGAAGAGAAAAAAGACAAGCGUUCACAAUGUAUGGUAAAUCAUUGUCGAUGUCUAAAUCGAUAGACAUCGAGUUUUCCAAUGUGGUGUACGAAAUUCAGAAUGGAUUUCGUAAUCCAAAGAAACAGAUCCUUAAAGGGAUCAACGGGUAUUUCAAAUCCGGCGAAAUGACCGCUAUAAUGGGUCCAUCGGGUGCUGGUAAAUCGACAUUAUUAAACAUAUUAACGGGAUUUAUAAAAGACAAGAAUCAUUUGACAGGCAAAAUAAAUUAUAUCAAUAAAAAACGAAAUAAGAUUACCUGGAACGAAUAUAAAAGAUAUUCCUGUUAUAUAUUGCAAGAGGAUCAUCUUCCGAAUUUAUAUACAGUUAUCGAAAUUAUGACGAUAUCGGCUAAUUUAAAAAUGGAUAACGAUACCGAUCAAAACACCAAACGUAUAAUUAUCGAUGAAAUAUUAGAUACGUUGGAUCUAAUAAAGAAUAAAUACACACGUAUAAAUGAAUUAAGCGGCGGAGAGAAGAAAAGAUUGAGCGUAGCGUUGGAAUUGGUUGAAAAUCCUUCCAUUAUAUUUUUAGACGAACCAAUGACCGGCUUGGAUUCAUACUUUUGUCUUCAAUGCGUUAAAAUGUUAAAGAAAUUGGCAAAAAACGAUAGAACGAUAAUUUGUACGAUACAUCAGCCUAGCGCGACUAUUUACGAGACGUUCGAUCACAUUUACUUGCUAGCUGAUGGACGUUGUAUGUACGAGGGAGCACCGAAAAACACAGUAGAGUAUUUCGCCAAUUUAGAUCUGCAUUGUCCUAAAUAUCACAAUCCCGCGGACUACAUGAUAGAAAUAGUUACCAAAGAAUAUGGAAAUUUCGACGAUCGGUUAAUAGAAGCGAACGAGAGUAACAAAGCAGUCUGGCGAUUUAAAGAUAAAUUGUCGACGAUCGAGUAUAAGGACAUUCGACAAAUUGAUUACAACGAAGAGGAGGAAACGAUCGUCGUGAUUAAAACACUCUCGGAAUACAAAAGAUUUUGGAUUUUAAUCAAAAGUUCUUUGAUACCAUUAAACAGGGAUUGGACGUUGAUUUAUCUGAAAAUAUUCAUUCAUUUCCUCAUAGGUAUGUUUUUCGGUUUAUUUUUUUUAAAUGUCGGCGUCAAUUGUCAGGAAUCCUUUACCAAUAUCAAAUACUUUGUUGUAAUAUCUCUUUUUUUUUCUUACACCAAUAUGAUAACGGCCAUAUUGAAAAUACCUUUGGAGUUGGCGAUAUUGAAGAAGGAAUUAUUCAACAAUUGGUAUCAACUUAGAACUUAUUAUUUCUCUUUGCUAAUAACUGAUCUACCUAUAAAAAUAUUUUGUUCUCUUGUCACCUGUUCAAUUUCAUACUUACUCAGUGCUCAACCGCUCGAGUUGAAUAGAUUUCUCAUGUUUUUUGGGAUCAGUGCCAUGACAACCUCCGUUGCUGAUACCUUUGGAUUUCUAAUAGGUACUUUGGUCAAUCCCGUGAACGGUACCUUUAUAGGUUCGGUCAUCAUAUCCAUAUUGUUAUUGUUCGAUGGUGGUAUUAUUUUAUUCAAUCAUAUGCCAAAAUAUCUCUAUUAUUUCAGUUACUUGAGUUACUCGAGAUACACUCUAGAAGGUUUCAUACAAUCGAUCUACGGAUAUAAUCGCGAGAAAUUUCCAAAUUCCGACGAUCUAACAUAUUGUGUAUUUCUCAAUCCGAAAAUUAUUUUUAAAGAGCUUGGAAUCGAGGAUGGGAGAUAUUCUCAUAACUUAUUAAUUCUAAUCGUAUUUUUUGUUUUCUAUCGAAUCGUUUCAUACUUUACGUUGAAAAGAAAUUUAUCGUUAACUUGAAAUGGCAACAUGAACGAUAACGAUAAUGAUAUAUAUGAUAUAAUUUAUACAAUAAAAAUAAUAUAUAUAAUAAAUAAAUAGAUA